CGAACCGCGGCGAUCCCGGGGGGCUUCGAUGUGAGCAAGUUGCCCUCGUUUCGAACAACUUUAUCCGAGGUUGACCUCAUUCUUAUUUUUGACCUUUGAACCGCUGCUUGAACCAAACAUCUUGUCCUCUUGUUUCCCCAAGCGUCGUAAUCAUUUGCAUUCAUCAUAAACAUGUCGGCCGAAAUCAGAAAUCUGGAGAGCCUCUCCGCUCUCGCUGUUGAACGCCAUGUCUCCACAACGCCCUCAGGCUCCACCGUGAUAAGCUACGCUAAGGACCUGGGGGAGGGUCCUGUCUUGUGGCUCGUCCAUGGAUAUCCUCAGUCUGCCUACAUCUGGCGACAUCUUAUCCCACAACUUCAGGACAAAAUCUCCCUGUUUGUCCCAGAGCUGCCGGGUUACGGUGUCAGUAGUCGUCCGAAGAAGGACGGUUUCGCCGCCGUCGGCCAGGCUUUGCUUGAAGCCAGCCAUGAAUUGUUUCCUAACCGACCCAUCAUCCUAGGAGGACAUGAUCGUGGUGCCCGUAUCUGCCAUCGUCUUGCCGUGACUCACGCCCAUCCUCCUCAAGAUGAAACUGCCAACUUGCAUUCUUACAAACUUCUGGGUACCAUCAUGCUGGACAUCGUGCCUACUCUGGUGCAGUGGCAAGCCUUUGCUCGUCCUACAGCUGCUGCUUCUUAUUUCCAUUGGCCCUUUCUUGCCUCGCCAAUCGCACCCGACAUGAUCGAAGCCUACGGGGGCGACAGAUGGACACAUGAUGCCUUGAACCGCAUCUCCACUGACGACUCGGAAGGUCUCAAAGCUAUGCAAUCAGAUGACGCAUGGAAAGUUUACGAAACUUUACACGCCAAACGUGAGACCAUCGAAGGUUCCUGCGCCGAUUAUGCAGCUGGUUGUUAUGUCGAACCACCACUGCAGGAAGAGGAUCAGCGCGAAGGUCGCAAGCUGGAAUGUCCUGCCCUCAUCAUGUGGAGCAUGCGUAACCUGGGCAAGACACAUGGAGACGUUGAAGCCAUCUGGAAGCAGUGGUUCAAAGAUGAGUCGUUGCUGACAGCUCAGGGUGUUGGCGAUGAUGCCGGACAUUACCUUCCAGAGGAAGCUAACAAGUCUGUGGGCAAAGCGAUGAAUGAUUUUCUGAACGAGGUGAUGAAGUGAGUGUAUGUAUGUCAUUAUGAAUGGUCACGGUAUGGACUUCUAUCCUGCUC